GCAUGCCUUUUUCAACAAGUUUUCUACUGCUACACCAUCGUUUGUUUUCUGAGUCCUAACCUCAAAACAAAAGCGCCGAGCGAAAAAGCGCCAAUGGAGGAGAAAGUAAAGCGUCAAUUCUUCCCAUCCAUGGAUUCCCGAAUGCAGCGCUACAAAUCUGUUUGGAGAGUUUUAAUGGUUGUCAACUUAGGUUUUGGAGCUUAUAUUUUUGGAAUGUCAAAAAAGAAAGAUGGGAGUUCGAAAAAUGAAAAGCAUAAAGAUGCUCCGCCCCCUGCUACUAGUGCAAAUGCACCAAUAGUCAAUUCUGUGGAGAAGCCAGAAUAUGCACCAGCAACCCCAACUGCAGAGCUUGCACUUCCUGCUCAAACAAGUGAACCGGCAGUUAAUUUUUAUGGGCAGCCAAUCGCACCAGCAACCCCAGCAGAGGAUGUACUUUCUUCUGAUGCAAGUGUGGAGCCAGAAUAUCCACCUGUUACCCCGAUUGCAGAGCUUGUGAAGGUGCAUGAGCCAAUUACUGAGGAUCAGCAACGAGAGCUCUUCAAGUGGAUACUGGAUGAGAAAAGAAAGGUCAAACCCAGGAAUAGAGAUGAAAAGAAGCAAAUAGAUGAAGAAAAGGCCAUUCUCAAGCAGUUUAUACGAGCGAAAUCAAACCCUUCCCUUUAGCCUCCUCCAUAAGAGACGUCACAUUCAUCCUUUGAACCUGAUUUUUUGGAUCCUGCAACUUGUCUAACUUCAAGAGAUAGUAUCUCAGAGAUGUGAG